ACAUAAAUAUGCGGUGCACAGAGCUUAUGCAUGGCGUCCUUCAACUAUAGGGGUUUCUAGCUUGUCAUUUAUUUGUUUACUCUUUAACUGUAGCUUUUUUAAGUUUGUUUUUCUCUAUAAUUUGUAUUUAAAGUCAUAACUAUGGCGACAAGGACCGUGUGUCACAUUUUCCAGAGACGAUUGUCAUCCGCUGCAGCAGCUGUGCGUCCAUCUCCUGCAGAGGUGCGCAGUCAGCGUAACGCGGUCUUCUCCAGAGAGCAGGCCAGGCAGAGAGCUCUGUAUCCCCGCAUCGAGAAGAUAGAGGUGUCCAUGAAGGGACCAGGACUGGACGGUACACUCCUGAUCAUGAAUAAAGGAAUGUCAACUCCUCUGAGCUGUGCUAGACAUCUAACUGAGCAUCAUGUGAACAACUCGGCUCUGGCGAUGGUGGAUGGAGAACCGUGGCCCCUGCAUCAGCCCCUCACCCACUCCUGCUCCGUCACUCUGCUUACAUUUAAAGACAGCGACCCAAGUCUCGUCAAUGAGGCUUAUUGGCGUUCCUGCGCUGCUCUGCUAGGACAGGUCCUGGAGACGGCAUUCAAGGACGAUUACGCCGUGGAGCUGCUCAGCACCCCAGAAGUGCCAGUAACUUCCGGGGCUUUCUGCUGUGAUGUCGUCCUCGACCCUCAGCUGGACUCCUGGACCCCGUCUGAGGAGACCUUGCGCUCUCUGACCCGAGGGGCCCAGCAGCUGAUCCAUCAGGAUCUGGUCUGGGAGCCUCUGGAGGUCACGCCCUCUGUGGCGCUGGAGGUUUUCUCUCAUAGCAGGUGUAAACAGGAGGAAGUAGAACAGAAAGCUUCACACAGUCCUAAAGGCACCGUUAUGCUCUAUAGAUGUGGUGAUCAUGUGAUGCUGAGUGGGGGCCCCCUAGUGGCCAGAACAGGCCUGUGCUCCCAGUAUGAGGUGACAGCUCUCCACAGCCUGGGUCAAGGCCCCUGGGGCCACCACCGCAGAGCUCAGGGCCUCUCGCUGCCACUGCAGCUGCAGGUAUAUGACCAACUAAUUACUGAUCAGUUGAGGUUCCUGAACCUGAAAGAGGGACCCCCUCCGCCCCUCCUGACUCAGCCCGGCCUGCAGCGAACCAGUAACCGCCUCGAUUGA